UGUGAGUGUAUGAGAGUGUAUGUGGGUGUAUGUCACUGAAUACAAGGAGACACAUCCUUGGCACCUGUUGUUUCCAGGGACACGUGUUUGGCCCCACUCUUCAUCUUGAAUGUAUAUAAUUCUUUAUAAGAUGUAUGCGAUUGAUCACUGUUCGUGAUCUUCACGUUUUCAUGCAUCGGUGCAUUACAUAUAGCAGACUCUGCUUAAAUGGAACACAGUGUUAUUUACAAAAUAAUCGUCAUCUCACACUUGACUUCAUAUUCUACAGAGUGUAUGACUAACAUGUAUGAGUACGGGACGCCGUCUACAGUAAGUCGUUUCAUUACUACAUGAAUGUACUUUACACGUAUUCCUGAUGAAGGGUGUAAGGUGAAGAACUGCUAGAGGUGUAGUGUAAAAUAGCGUUUUGUGUAACACAGAACUAUGUUAAUUAACCACACCUUAUUUCCGGUGUUAGGUUUUUUGGAGUGCUUCAUGAACACAUUUGUCAUUAGCAUGGGUCUCGUGUAACAACACAAGUGCCAGUUCGCUAAAGAGCCGUCCGCUGCAGAGACGAAUUUCCUAGCAGUGGAUCUAUGUCUCUAGAACCAAUUGCAACUUUUCGCGGGAUCUCUCAGGCACACGGAUAUUUACCUGUACAAUGUGUUACAAUAUGUACAUACUGGGAUGGGGAAUAUGAAAAGAACCUGUCCUCUCUAUCAGUAUCUGAAUCCUAACCCUGUCUUUGUUGUGAAAACUUGCCCCCGGUCGCAGUGUUUAAUUGAAACAAUGAAAUAUAUUAUAUAUAAACGUUGUAACACCCCCUCCCCAAAUAUAUAUGUUAUAUAUCUAUUUGAAUUCUAACCGGGAAAACACGAACUAGAUUUUCUCUUUGAAAUAUAUGAAGUAUGAAUGGGACUGGAAUGCAUGAUAUAAUCAUUAAAACUGAAUCUAAAGAGAAAUUUUCAUUUUCAUUCCAUAGUCAGACGAAGCUCGUUAUUUAUCUUACGUGUUUAAUAAAGCAUGAAAGUAAAAAAAAAAAAAAAUUCAGGUCAUGGCACAUUGCAAUUUAAAGGAGAAAGGUCUCUUUUUCAACAUUUUCUGUCAUAAUUAGGUCGAUUGAGUCCACUGGAGAUUGCUUGACGUGUGUUUAUCGUUCAGUGCAUUUUAUUUCACCCAUAGCAAAAUUGAUUUAUGAACUCGUUACUAAGUUACUACCAAGUGUGUCAACCCACUUUUAAAAAAAGAAAAUCCGUAAUUCCAUGGACCCUUCCACAUUUCUACUUUCAUGUUUGCUUAAUUGCUAAUGUACAGGUAUUCAUCUCAGUCCCUCGGUCUUGUCUUGCCGUCAGCUUGUCUGAACGUUUUAGUAUAAAAUCAAUUACUGUAUUUUUCCGUGAUACCUUAUUUUGAAUAGUCUUUUUGUUGUUGUUUACGUCGUGGGCUUGUAUUAAUUAGAAUACAUAUUACUAAACGGAUUAUGCAAUUACUCGUUGACUCAUACAAUUUAGAUAAUACAGGUAUGGUUUUCUGAAUGCAAUGACCCACUCACGCGGAACGUAAACACAUUGAUUAUGAUUUCUAAACGGACUUUAAAGUUUAAUAAGCAACGGAAAGGUAAAGAAAGGUAUUUAGGAUGCCUGAGAUUGAGCAAAUGGGCGAGUCGGAUUUAGAUAUUGUGACCGUGACCCCUUUUGUUCAUCAGGUCGGAGGUCACACGUGCGUUCUGCAGGUCACCCCAAAUGUGGUAUGCAAGCCAUACCAAGAGAACGAGGUGAUGUUUUACAGAAAAUUACCGGAGGGACUCCAAGGAUUUGUUCCUUUUUACAGAGGGGUGAUCAACAUUAAGUGUGACAGCGAUAAUGGCAACGUGACAUUUCAAGGAGAAGUUCCCAAAGGUUUCAUGAGCACUCUGCAGGAGACAAAUGGCGAUCUCCCAGACAAAAUUUCCUUGAUCAAAGACAACAACUCUGCAAGUGAAGCUGAGAAUUUACGAACCUGGAGCGAUGAGUGUAUUCGACGUCAGAUCGAUAGAUAUGGCUACUGGCGAGAGGGAAAAGUACAGCAAUUCAUAAUGCUGGAGAACCUGGUUGCACCGUACCGCUACCCUUCUGUCAUGGAUCUCAAAAUGGGGACCAAUCACAUGUCACGUGAUGCCUCGGAGACGAAAAAGAGGAUGCUGGAAGAAAGAUGGAUGUCUACAACUUCCGCUUCACUUGGCUUUCGAAUGUGUGGCAUCCAGGUUUAUAAAAACGACAGCAAAAGUUACAUAUCACAUGACAAAUAUUUUGGACGUGGACUGGAUAAAAAUGGUGUCAGAGACGAAAUGAUGAAUUUCUUCCACGAUGGGUUUUCGUUAAGGAAGGACGCGAUAACGUCCAUUAUAACUAAACUACGUCAUAUGCUAGUCGCGUUAGACACGCAACGUGCCUUCAAACUGUUUUCGUGUUCACUUUUGAUACUCUAUGAAGGCGAUAGUACUCUUGCCAGGGAUGUACACAACAAACCUCUUCUAGACAUUCAAACGUGCAUUAACGAUGUUCGACUGAUUGACUUCGCCAAUGCGAUUGAAACCUCCAACUGCUCAAAUGAAGAUAUCACAUCCAAGGCCGGAAUUCGCUUUGGCAUAAAAAGUCUGAUAAGUUUGUUGGAAGAGUUUUUGUAAAAGUAUAAAAUAAUGUUUUCACCUCAUUCCUGUUAAAGGUGAUAUUUAGACUUAAUUUGAUAAGAAUUCCAUUAUUUGUGCUUUUUACAUAUUUGUAACUAUUUUGAUACUUGCUGGUAAUCAGGGUUUUUCAUUGCAUGAAUGAUUGAUAAAUAAUUGCUAUGUACAUGUAUAAUUCAUUGACGUACGAUUUUGACUUUAUAAUUAUACACCACUUCGGUUUCCUUAUCAACAAAAGAUUCAAACAUUUUUUUUUGGCAAUAUGUAUAGUAGCUAUACAUUUCAUACCCAUAUUUGUUUUAUUUUUUGUGCAAUAUAUAUGAAAUUAAACAAUGAUAUUGAAUUGUACUAGUUAGGCCUGAUGUAACGUUUCAAGUCAAAUUUCCAAGUUUCAUAUUCUUUUUUUUUCUGGAAAGUGCCUAAAAUUCGCUUAUAUGUGCUUUUUUUCCCCUAGUAUUGCUAAUUUAGAAACCUACUCUUUUCAUCAUGAACACGGUGCUAUGGAUAUUUUUGACGCAUAUUGAUUGAAAAAAUUGUAUACUUUUGGUACAUGUUCUUCUACAAAAACAUUUUAUAAAGUGUUUCUAAGAGAUUCACAUAUCUGAUAUUUAUAAGAAAUUGUUUGUCAUUCAAAAAUCUAUGUGCAGUGCAAUGUAUUGACAUAUGUACAGUUCUAUUUUUAUUUGUGUCAUUCAGUAUGCAAUUUACACAUCUUUUUACAAUUUAAACCAGAUUUACGUAUUUUUUAUAAAACCAUAGUAUUACAGUAAGAACCUUGAGAUAACACGCAUACUCAGAAAGUUUAAAACCGUAUUUCUAAUGAACCAAUAUUGAUAUAUAUUGCAUGAUGUGUAUCAGAUAUUGCAUGGUGUGUAAUAGAUAUUGGAUGGUGUGUAAUAGUUAUUGCAUGGUGUGUAAUAUAUAUUGCAUAGUGUGUAAUAGUUAUUGCAUAGUGUGUAAUAGAUAUUGCAUAGUGUGUAAUAGUUAUUGCAUGGUGUGUAAUAGAUAUUGCAUAGUGUGUAAUAGUUAUUGCAUGGUGUGUAAUAUAUAUUGCAUAGUGUGUAAUAUAUAUUGCAUGGUUUGUAAUAGAUACUGCACGGUGUCUAAUAUAUAUUACAUUGUGUGUAAUAUGUAUUGCAUAGUGUGUAAUAGAUACUGCAUGGUGUGUAAUAUAUAUUGCAUAGUGUGUAAUAGAUAUUGCAUGGUGUGUAAUAUAUAUUGCAUAGUGUGUGAUAGUUAUUGCAUGGUGUGUAAUAGUUAUUGCGUUGUGUGUAAUAGUUAUUGCAUGGUGUGUAAUAUAUAUUGCAUAGUGUGUAAUAUAUAUUGCAUAGUGUGUAAUAGUUAUUGCAUAGUGUGUAAUAGAUAUUGCAUGGUUUGUAAUAGAUACUGCAUGGUGUGUAAUAUAUAUUACAUUGUGUGUAAUAUGUAUUGCAUAGUGUGUAAUAGAUACUAGUAUUGUAUGGUGUGUAUCAGACCUGAUCAUCUACCAUAAUAUUUUUCAUUUAGAAUAGGAAUGCAAUUAACCAAGCAUGGACAUCCUUUCAAAAGAAAACGAUUUUCCCUGACCUCUAUCUAAUACAUGCAAUGAAUAAUAUCGUGUUUAUACUUCCAGGUUCAUUUUGUUGUUGUAUCUUCAAAAUUCAGUUUAGCCCUCUUUAUUUUAAUGGUUGAAGUAGAGUUUAUGAAGGUUCCCUUUGCGUAACGAAUGCAUGACAAUGUGUGUAUAUAUCAAUCUAAAGUAUUGACCACAGACAACUUAUUUUUCUUGCAUAUGAAGACAAAAUCCGUUUUGAUAACUUCAUGUAUAUUAUUGAUAAUGUAUUGAACGAAUCAUUGUUCACUUUCAUUUUAAUAUGCUAACCUUACUUUCGAAUUAUCUUUUAGUCGUGUUCAGUACAUUUAUUUAUUCCAGUGGAUACUGAGUACUGGACCCCUGAGUCUCUCUCUCUCUCUCUCUCUCUCUCUCUCUCUCUCUCUCUCUCUCUCUCUCUCUUUUGGAUAACGAUAAGUGUUAUCACCCAACUUCUUUCCUUACGUGUUUCCUUAUGAAAUAUUUACCAUCCGUUUAAAGUGUGACGACUUAAUGAAAUAUUUACCAUCCGUUUAAAGUGUGACGACUUAAUGAAAUAUUUACUGUCUGUUUAAAGUGUGACGACCUGAUGAAAUAUUUACCGUCCGUUUAAAGUGUGACGACCUGAUGAAAUAUUUACCAUCCUGGUAAAGUAUGACGACUUUGUAACAUUCCUUGGCCAUUAUUUUAUGGACUUGUUCUACCCCACCUCUUAAAUAUCUAUAUUCUCUCCCCGUAACUAUUUUGACGCACAAUAAAUUAUCUAGUGUUCAAUAAAGCCACGGUUUCCGAGAACAAUCUGGGCGACAUAUCACAAUAUUGCAUACUUAUGUCACCCGUUAGAUCGUCAUGUCCACGUGUUUCUUCAACAUUGCAAAAGAGCAGUGGACUCUUACAGGUAACUCACAGAAUCUUGAUUAAGGAAGUGUUCAUUAAAAAAGAGGACUAUUUUUUUAUGAAACCUUUUAUAUAUUGUACAUGUAUGUAUUUGUUGAUAAUAAAUGCUAUAUACCGUUGAAA